UUCAUUUCGUUACGUGUCUGUCUCGCAAUCGGUCAGUGGAACAAGUGUAGUUAACCUUAUUUUUGCAUUUGAAAACGAAAGGAUACCAGUGAUACUAAUUGUCUUCAAAAACACGAGCAUAGCUCGAUAACGUUCAGAAACAUAACAGCUAAAAAAGCUGCAAAAAAAGAUAUCGACCUUUGACCAAUGCGUUCUCCAAUUAAAUGUGAUAACUGUUACUGAGAAAUCAAUGAUAGACCAAUAUUUGUACAGGAACAUACAGAUAAUUCAAUGAGAUAAUCAAGAAGCAGAAGAUAUAUUUUGGAAUUGACAGAACAUCUGGAAAUUUCUGAAGCGACUUAUUAUACUUUAUUUUGUUUUAUAUCAAGUUUGUAAUGUAGAUAAAAUGGCGACAAUAUUGUAUUCCGCCGGCAUAAUUUUUAUUUUUUUUUUUAUUUCAAGUACAAAUUGUUCACAGAAUUGUCAGAAUGAAGAUAUAGGAUGGGAAAAAGUCAUUGGAGCCAAACCAGCAAAUGCUGUAGAAAGUGUAUUAUACAAAAAUAGUGCAAUAGGUAACAACGGUAUCACCAUACCUUGCUUUGACAGAUGCAAAAGCUUGAAUUGUACGGCGUUUGUGAUUGACUUUGCAAAAAAUAUUUGUUACACCGUGCAAAUAAUAAGCGAGGAAUUAAUUCCUGAAUCUAAUGCUACAUUUUUCCACAAAAUUUGUAUCAAAGGUUUAUUUACUUGCAAGCAACACAGAUUGUGGCAAGUAGAAAGAACUUUAGGAGCUGUUUUAAAAGAUGGAUACUCUAAUUUAUAUAAUCAAAUGGUAUUACGGAGAAGCGAAUGUUACGAGAAAUGUUUACUAGCAAAAAACGAAUGCAAAUCUGCGCAAUUUCGUACAAGUAAUCCUUUGUCGAGUGAUGAUGCUAUUGGUACAUGUUUAUUGUCAAAGUUCGAGAGAAGUGUCAAACCGCAAGCUUAUAGAUCAUCGAUGUAUCGAGACGAAUAUCUGCAAGAUCAGUGCCAUAAUAUGUCAAAAAAAAAUUAUUGUUCUUAUACGGAAUUUCGGAACAUGACACUACCAUAUUCGGAUAUAGCGUUGCUGGGACUCGAUAUCAAACAUUGCGAGGAAAGAUGUGACAGUAACCAGGAUGGCUUUAUAUGUAGAGCCUAUACCAUUGAUUAUUUGGAAAACAAACCACUAUGCUUACUGCAUUCUGAUAACACAAUUGGUCUUGGUGUCAGUUCGCUAAUUGUUAAACCUAAUGUUACUUACAAGGAACAAGAAGCUUGCUUAGAUUUGAAAGUACAAUGUAGCGAGUCAGUCUUAACAAUCACUUUAAUUACUAUGGAACCUUUUGUGGGACGAAUAUACGUGAGUGGAUAUGAGGAAACCUGCGGUGUUGAUGGUGUGAGAAAAAAUGUGACAAUAUUGAAAAUACCACUGUCAAGAAGAGGAAAAUAUGACAUGGAAUGUGGAUUAAUAUCCGCGUUUUCCUUCGACAACAAAAAUCGAACACAUACGCUAGUUUGGACCACUAUUGUGAUACAGUAUAAUCCAAUUAUUCAGCGAUUAGGAGAUCAGUCAGUAAAAGUCGGAUGUUCAUUAGAAGACCGCAAUCUUCCGGAACCAAAAAACAUAUCCGUUCAUUCGAGCUAUGGAUUCUUAGAUCCAAACGCAGGCGUACCUCCGGUUGCAUCGACCAUACUAAAUGCAUCAUCAAAAGCACCGAUAGUAACAAUGAGAAUUCUUAAUGAAGAACAUAUGGACGCAGUUGUCACUCAAUUAGGACAAAAGCUAACACUCAGAAUUGAAAUCCAACCCGUCGAUGUGGGAUUGCUUCUGAGUGGACAGAAGAAAAAGCUGCUCAGUGACGUCUCGAGCGACUCUUUCCCUGAGAGGCUCUAGUAGAACCUUUCUGUAGAAAGGGAAGGUGAACAAAGGGAAAAG